CGCUAAUCUUAAGAAAACCAAACGAGAAGAAAAGAAAAUGAAAAAAAAGGCACCAACCUUUAAACUUCCUUCCCUCCCGUUCUCCCUCCCUCGUUCUCCCUCCCCCUCUCCUUCCUCGCGCCACAAUGGUCUACACAACCCCCCUCUCUCCUCUCCUUCUCUCUCCUAUCUCCCAAUCCGAUGUCUCCACCUCCACCCUACCUCCUCCUCCUAAGCUUCCUCGCUCUCCUUGUCCUCUUUCCACCUCUCCUCCUCGCCUCCUCCUCCUUCCCGCUCCCCACCAUCGCCAUCGCUGCCGUUGGCGCUAACGCCACCUCCAGGAACCACCUCGCGUGCGCGCUCGUGCCCACUGCUGGGGCGGGGUACGAGCUUUCCUGCGCCAGCGUCGCCAACCGCUCCGCCCAGCCCCACAACUACUCUUACGGAGUCGGCGGCAGCACGCCGUUCUCAGCCGUCGUCGCCGGCGAUGGGUACCUCUGCUCCGCCGGACCGACCGAGUCCCAGACGAUAUCCAUGCGGUGGUGGGACCUGAACAAAAGGGAGGCGCCGUCGAAGCGGGUGUACUGGGGCGCGGCGCUGUCCGCGGUGUCAGGCGGCGGGGAGUACGUGUGCGGGCUCGUGGAGCAGAGGAUAAAGUGCUGGAGGUGGACGUCCGGGGUGUUACCGGAGGGUGUGGGGUUCUCGGCGGUGGCGGUGGGCGGGGGCUUCGUGUGCGGGCUGGUGGCAGGGACCGGCGAGGUGAGGUGUUACGGGGACGCGGACGCGGUGGGGCGGGAGCCGAGGGGGAGGCACGCCCUGCUGGCGGCGGGGGAGAGACACGCGUGCGCAGUGAAGGCGGGAAGCGGUGAGGUGGUGUGCUGGGGGGAGGCGGCGGCGUUGGCGGCCGCGGCGCCGUCGCCAAGGGUAGUGGGGCGCGCGGUGUCAUCGGUGGCGGUGGGCGACGCGGUCACGUGCGUGCUGUGGGGGAACUGGACGGUCGCGUGCUGGCCGGAGGAGGUGGCGGCGGUGCCGCCGUCGGUGGCGCGGCAGCAGUUCGUUGCGCUGGAGGCCAAGGGGAAGGUGGUGUGCGGGGUGCUCAUGUCCGACUACUCGCUGGUGUGCUGGGGCGGAGGCGUGGCGGGCGGGAUGAGCAAGGUGUUCGACCGGGUCCUGCCGGGACCGUGCGCGCCGUCGGCGUCGUGCCCGUGCGGCGUCUGGUCGGGCUCCGCGCCUCUCUGUGGCGGCGAAGGGGGUGCGGCCAUCUGCUACCCCUGCGGUUACACUCCGCCGCCGAUGGCGCUGACGCCGACUUCCAAUUCGUCGGCGCCGAUCUCUCAGUCGAGGGGGAAGCGGCGGCCGAGCGAUCUGGUGAUCGCGUUGAUCAGCGCUGGAAUCGGCUCAGGAUUCAUGGCCAUCUUCGCCGCGAUAUUGGUGGUUUAUUGCCUGCGCCGGCGCCUGGGCAGCAGCACUCAGGACUCUGGGCGCAUCCACGCUGAGCCGACGGGCCCGGCGCCGCGCGUGGAGCGGCGGCUCAGCGCGCUGCUUUCCAAGGGCCCGAACACGACGGUGGAGCAGUUCCCCCUGGUGUCGCUCCGGGCCGCCACGGGCGGCUUCUCGCCGUCCCACCGCAUCGGCUCCGGCAGCUUCGGCACCGUGUACCGUGCGUCCCUCCCCGACGGCCGCGAGGUCGCCAUCAAGCGUGCAGAGCACCGCGACCCCAGCGCCCCGUCGUCCUCCUCCGCCGCGGCGCGCCGUGUCAACCACGAGGCGGCUUUUGUCUCUGAGCUCACGCUCCUCUCCCGCGUGAACCACAAGAACCUCGUCCGCCUCCUUGGCUUCUGCGCCGACGGCGGCGAGCGCAUCCUUGUCUACGAGUUCAUGCCCAAUGGCACCCUCCACGACCACCUCCACAAGCGUGCUGCCCCGCUCUCCCCGCCGCUCGCCUCCUGGCCAGCGCGCCUGCGCCUCGCCCUCGGCGCCGCGCGCGCCAUCGAGUACAUGCAUACCUACGCCGUGCCGCCCAUCAUCCACCGCGACAUCAAGUCCCCCAACAUCCUCCUCGACACCUCCUGGACCGCCAAGGUCUCAGACUUCGGCCUCUCGUUGCUCAACGAUCUGAGUGUCGACGGCGAUGACAAUGCUAGCGACGACGAGCCAUGCGUGACGGCCGGCACGGUGGGGUACAUGGACCCGGAGUACUACCGACUGCAGCACCUGACGGACAAGAGCGACGUGUACAGCUUCGGGGUGGUGCUGCUCGAGCUGCUCUCCGGGUGCAAGGUGAUACAGAGGUUCGAGGGGAGCGGCACGCCCAAGAACGUCGUCGACGUCACCGUGCCGCACAUCGAGGCGGACCGCGUGCAUCGGGUGCUCGACAUCCGGCUGCCGCUGCCGACGCCAGGGGAAAUGGAGGCCGUCGCCUACGUCGGGUACCUGGCAGCCGACUGCGUCAGACCGGCCGGGCGCGACCGGCCCACCAUGAGCGAGGUAGUCGGCGUGCUGGAGCGGGCCGUGGCAGCAUGCGAGGAGCAGGACGACGGCGGCGAUGCAGUGCUGUCGAGGUCGGGCACGGAUGGGUCGACGACGUGACGUGGCAUGUGGAGGCAUGCCAUUCCCUGGUGGCAAGAACACGAGGGAUUUCUUGAGGAUAUUUUUUCUUCACUUCCUCCUAAUUUUGUAGUUAUUUACUAUUGCAAUUGCUAAUAUUAGGUACAUUCAUUAACAUUUUGAUAGAAUGGAAAUAUAAUGGAAAUGGAGACUUUCUUUUUUAUGUUUA